CGGGAGCGGGGGUGACAGCCUGGGAGAUUCCAGCCUGGUGGGGGUUGGUGGUGGGGGACUUGGCGCUUCCUCCUCCUCUUCCUCUUCCUCCUCCUCUGUCUGUUCCCAGUUGUGUUGCCGAGGCUGACACUCAAAAGACUUUUGUAGCCAUCCACCCGAGGGCAGUUUCCGAUGGAAAAUGAAGGUUGCACGUUUUCAAAAAAUACCCAAUGGUGAAAAUGAGACAAUGAUUCCUGUACUGACAUCAAAGAAAGCAAGUGAAUUACCCGUCAGUGAGGUUGCAGGCAUUCUCCAAGCUGAUCUUCAGAAUGGGUUAAACAAAUGUGAAGUUAGUCACAGGCGAGCCUUCCAUGGCUGGAACGAGUUUGAUAUCAGUGAAGAUGAACCACUGUGGAAGAAAUAUAUUUCUCAGUUUAAAAACCCCCUUAUUAUGCUGCUUCUGGCUUCUGCAGUCAUCAGUGUUUUAAUGCAUCAGUUUGAUGAUGCCGUCAGUAUCACUGUGGCAAUACUUAUUGUUGUUACCGUUGCCUUUGUUCAGGAAUAUCGUUCAGAAAAAUCGCUUGAAGAACUGAGUAAACUUAUGCCACCAGAAUGCCAUUGUGUGCGGGAAGGAAAAUUGGAGCAUACACUUGCCCGAGACUUGGUUCCAGGUGACACAGUUUGCCUUUCUGUGGGGGACAGAGUUCCUGCUGAUUUACGCUUGUUUGAGGCUGUGGACCUUUCCAUUGAUGAGUCUAGCUUGACAGGAGAGACAACACCUUGCUCUAAGGUAACAGCUCCCCAGCCAGCAGCCACUAAUGGAGAUCUGGCCUCAAGAAGUAACAUUGCCUUCAUGGGAACUCUGGUCCGAUGUGGCAAAGCAAAGGGUAUUGUCAUUGGAACUGGAGAAAAUUCUGAAUUUGGAGAGGUUUUUAAAAUGAUGCAAGCAGAGGAAGCGCCAAAAACCCCUCUGCAGAAGAGCAUGGACCUCUUGGGAAAGCAGCUGUCCUUUUACUCCUUUGGUAUAAUAGGUAUCAUCAUGUUGGUCGGCUGGUUGCUAGGAAAAGACAUUCUGGAAAUGUUUACUAUUAGUGUAAGUUUGGCUGUAGCUGCGAUUCCUGAAGGGCUGCCCAUUGUGGUCACGGUGACGCUAGCCCUUGGAGUCAUGAGAAUGGUGAAGAAAAGAGCCAUUGUGAAGAAACUGCCUAUCGUGGAAACCCUGGGCUGCUGCAAUGUGAUUUGUUCAGAUAAAACUGGAACAUUGACGAAGAAUGAGAUGACCGUCACUCACAUAUUCACUUCAGAUGGAGUGCAUGCUGAGGUUACUGGAGUUGGCUACAAUCAGUUUGGGGAAGUGAUUGUCGAUGGUGACGUUGUUCACGGAUUCUAUAACCCAGCUGUUAGCAGAAUUGUUGAGGCCGGCUGUGUGUGCAAUGACGCUGUAAUUAGGAACAACACUCUCAUGGGAAAGCCAACCGAAGGAGCCUUAAUUGCUCUGGCAAUGAAGAUGGGUCUGGAUGGACUUCAACAAGAUUAUAUCAGAAAAGCUGAAUACCCUUUUAGUUCUGAGCAAAAGUGGAUGGCUGUUAAGUGUGUGCAUCGAACUCAGCAGGACAGACCAGAGGUUUGUUUUAUGAAGGGUGCCUAUGAACAGGUGAUUAAGUACUGCACUACAUACCUCAGCAAAGGGCAGAACCUGGCACUUACCCAGCAGCAGAGAGAGCUGUACCAACAAGAGAAGGUACGCAUGGGCUCAGCAGGACUCAGAGUUCUUGCUUUGGCUUCUGGUCCUGAGCUGGGUCAGCUGACAUUCCUUGGCUUGGUGGGAAUCAUCGAUCCUCCUAGAACUGGUGUGAAAGAAGCUGUUACAACACUCAUUGCCUCAGGAGUGUCGAUAAAAAUGAUCACUGGAGACUCCCAGGAGACUGCAGUUGCAAUCGCCAGUCGCUUGGGAUUGUAUUCUAAAACUUCCCAGUCGGUCUCAGGAGAAGAAAUUGAUGCCAUGGAGGUCCAGCAGCUCUCACAGAUUGUGCCAAAGGUCGCAGUAUUUUACAGAGCUAGUCCGAGGCACAAGAUGAAAAUUAUUAAAUCUCUGCAGAAGACUGGGUCGGUGGUAGCCAUGACAGGCGAUGGAGUAAAUGACGCCGUUGCCCUGAAGGCUGCAGACAUCGGGAUCGCGAUGGGCCAGACCGGCACAGAUGUUUGCAAAGAGGCAGCGGACAUGAUCCUGGUGGACGAUGAUUUCCAAACCAUAAUGUCCGCAAUUGAAGAGGGUAAAGGCAUUUAUAAUAACAUUAAAAAUUUUGUUAGAUUUCAACUGAGCACGAGUAUAGCAGCACUAACCUUAAUCUCACUGGCUACAUUAAUGAACUUUCCUAAUCCCCUCAAUGCAAUGCAGAUUCUGUGGAUCAAUAUCAUUAUGGAUGGACCCCCUGCUCAAAGCCUUGGAGUAGAACCAGUGGAUAAAGAUGUCAUCCGUAAACCUCCUCGUAACUGGAAGGACAGCAUAUUGACUAAAAAUCUGAUACUUAAGAUCCUUGUCUCAUCCAUAAUCAUUGUCUGUGGGACUUUGUUCGUCUUCUGGCGUGAGCUGCGAGACAAUGUGAUAACACCUCGAGACACAACAAUGACCUUCACAUGUUUUGUGUUUUUUGACAUGUUCAAUGCACUAAGUUCCAGAUCUCAGACUAAAUCAGUGUUUGAGAUCGGACUAUGCAGUAAUAAGAUGUUUUGCUACGCGGUUCUCGGCUCCAUCAUGGGACAGUUGCUAGUGAUUUACUUCCCCCCACUUCAGAAGGUUUUCCAGACGGAGAGCCUAAGCAUCCUGGAUUUGUUAUUUCUCCUGGGGCUCACAUCGUCUGUGUGCAUUGUGUCAGAAAUUAUAAAGAAGGUCGAAAGGAGCAGAGAAAAGAUCCAGAAGAACGUUAGCUCAACAUCGUCGUCAUCUUUUCUUGAAGUAUGAUGCAUAUUGCAUUUUUUUUUUUAAUUUGCAAACUAGGAAUUGCAGUCUGAGGAUCAUUUAGAAGGGCAAGUUCAAGAGGAUAAUGAAGAUUUGAGAACUUUUUAACUGUUUAUUGACAAAAAAAAUGAACAUUCAUGUUAAAGACUUGAUUUGAGACUUUAACCUGCUGGCAGUCCCAAAUGAAAUUAUGCAACUUUGAUAACAUACUCCUUGAUUUAAAUUGGCGAUUGUGAGCGAGUGGAACUUUAUAAAGCAUAUGGGCAGGUACUUCAUUACAAAAAAAAAAAAAAAAAGGCAAAACCUGAACCACCUUCUACACUUAAAGAGGUCUAAUGUACACAUACACUAUCUAUCUUAGAUAGAUAUAAAUAUUUUUUUUUAUUUUUAAAUAUUGUACUAUUUAUGGUGGUGGGGCUUUCUUACUAAUACACAAAUAAAUUUAAUCAUUUCAAAGGCAUUCUGUUUGGUUUAGAAGUUGAUUCCCAGGAGUGCCAUAUUUCAACUACUGUAUUUUCCUUCUUCUAGAAUACAAGCAGCUUAGACAACUUGUGCUACUACCAUUUUUAUAUUUCAAGUUUGUUUUUUUUUUUUGCACAGGAUAUGACCACUGUCAGAUCACUGUUCUUUCUUUUUGUGAUUGAAAAGCAUAUACUGCAGUUUGAAGUAAAUGUUUGCUUUUCUUAGUAAGUGUAAAUGGUUACUUUUUAUUUUAUUUUAUAUUUAAAGGUGUGAGUCUUUGGUCUAGGAGAAUUAGUGCAGGGAUCUCCAGUGGCAUUCUAGUUAGAGUUACGGGGUCUGUAAUGAACACUUAGUCAUAGAGUCAAAGCCCUUUAAGACUGAGUGCAGUUUUAUAACCAAUUAACAUGUCAGGUCUCCUUGUCAGUCAGAUACAAAUUAUCUGCGUUGUCAAUAUCAUCUUGCCAUCCUUUAGAUAUAAACCUAAGAACUUCAGCUGAAUAGCUGAGUUUCAUUAUUCUUACUGUUCCACAUGUGCAUUUCCAUGCAUAUUUCUUAGGAAGCAUACAUCACUGUACUUAAAAGAAUAAAAUAGUCCCAGUCCUGACCAGAUGGUUUAGGAACCAGGGUGCAAGCAGAAGAUACUCCACUGGCCUUGCUCUUAGGGCAUCUUUUUAGGCAGCUUUGUGGGCCUAGGUUGUAGCCCAAACAUUAGUCUGCCCCUUCUUUCUUCUCCCAUUGGUUUUCUAUCUUCUUUGUGUCUCAUUGGGCAUGCUAGAGAAGUAGAUGGGUUUGCUUUGUGUAGUGCCAUCAGUUUUUAUAAGAGCUUGGCAAAACAUGGGUAACUUGAAUGUGAGGCCAAUUUGGGCCUGAAACUCAGAAUCUAGAAACCCAUUUUCCUGCUGAAUAUUUCUCUCUCAAAGCUAAAAUGGGUUACCGAUUCUUACAAGAUUAUUUGUUUUUGAAGGUAGCAAGCUUUACGUCUCAUGAACCAUCAGAACAAAUCAUUCCUAAGCUUUUGUUCAACUAGAAAUUGCAAAUGGUAACACUGAAAUACUGUCAUGGACAGGAAAAUACCUAUUCUUUGAGUCAUUUUUACUGAAACCUGAGUAUAAGAAGCUGAGAUGUCUGCACUUUGUCCUUCACUCAGGCGAAGCAGUCAGUUGUACAUUGUUCUCUAUUACAUGGAACUUGGAGGCCAUUGUUUAAUCAGCUCUACCUUUAACAAUUUGAUGUCUCAUACCUAAAUUUUGUAAUGAUUUUUUUAUUCUGUUACCAACUUGAAAUACCUAUUACGUGCGUAUCAAUCAUUUUUGUUUUGCAGCGUGGGUUCAGAGUAUGAUUUUUGAAUGAAAUAAAUGUGCCUAUCUUUUCAUUUGGUUUUUGGACUCUAAAAAUAAAAUGACUUCUUUGUGUA